AUGGAAAUUGAGUUUGAUUUUGCCAUUUCAUCCUACAGAAGCAACCAUAUUGAACACAAGCACAAGGGUAACAGAGUUUGCACAAAGAUGAGUGGACCAGCUGUAGAGAUCAUGAAAAACAUUUUGGAGAAACUUGAUUUGUGCUAUGAGUUCGUUGUUCCUCCUGACGGAUUAUGGGGUUCCCCCUUCCCUAAUGGGUCCUGGUUCGGCAUGAUGGGGAUGCUCCAGCGAAAGGAGGUGGACGUGGCUGUGGGACCCUUCGCAGUGACGAGGGCGAGAGAAGCUGUUGCAGACUUCAGCAUUCCCAUUUUCUCAGAUGAACAUGUCAUCUUCUUCAGGAGGCCGAGAAUCGAGCCCGAUCUCUUUGGCUUUAUCAAGCCUCUCGGUCUGACGGUGUGGACAACAGUCUUGGCUUCGCUGUUCAUAGUGACCGCUGCUGACCUCGUUCUGUUUGCCUUUGAUCAGGACGAACCUAGUGUGUCUGCCGAUCAUCAGUCCUGGCUCUGGGGAUUCAUGCUUGUUGGACAAGUGCAGCUUAGACAAGGAAGUAGACGUGGGAUGGUAGCACUGUGGCUGUUGACAGCAUUUAUUAUUGCUUCUGUCUACAAGAGUAACUUGAAGGCCAUGUUGAUCGUGCCAAAGGUUUUCGUUCCCUUCGACUCCUUGGAAGAGAUGGUGGAUCAAAGAGAUGUCCCGUGGAUCAUUAUUAAAGGCUCUAUAAUUGAAAACUUUUUUGAGGUUGCUUACAAGGAAGACCCCUCCUCGGUCAUGGGGCGGGGAUGGGCGGGGCACCAAUGGCUGUCGACCUCUCCACUAGAUCAUUUGCAAAGCAUGUUCAAUGGGUAUGCCGGAAUGGUGGGACGAUAUCCUGCUAUAUACAGAAUGUCUCAGGACUUUGGCGAGACUGGAACAUGCCGCCUGAUGGUGGCCCGCAAAGGCUUCAUUCCCGUUACAUACAGUUUUGGAUUCCCUCAAAAUUCCGAGCUGAUACAACGAAUCGAUCCUCUGAUCUAUAAACUAAAAGAAUUCGGCAUAAUCGACAAAUUCCUGAAGGAGGACACGAGCAACGCCACUCAGUGCCUCAAGUUCCCGGGGACUGAGAAAACCUCCGACCUUCGGCCCUUGGCGCUCGGCGACUUCUACGGCGUCUUCUGCCUCUACGCCGUCGGUAAGUGCCGCCAGUGCCUGCAGAAUGAGGAUGUGCUUGAGAAGCAUCUGGUGCUUGGUGGCCUCUUCCUUCCUGGCCGGGUUAAUUUCCGUAAUUCUGCCGGGGUCCCGAGUUCCCUUGCCUUUGUGCGCGAGAGCUCGAGUGGGCCAGCGGGCCAUCCGGCGGGAGGGCUGCUGAAGAGCUUCCAUACACGAGGCUCGUAUCUUAUCAGCUGUGCAGAAAGCCUGUCGCUGGCCUACACGGGGAAGGAUUGCUGGAAUCUGCUAGACAUUGUGGAUAUUCAGAAAUUAGUUUAUUAUUUUUAG